GAUGCAACCGAGCGCCGGCUACAGGACGAGCCACCGGCUGCCAGCCCAGAUUUCAGGGUCCAGGUGCAUCUGUGUGAGGCCCCCGUUGCUCUGAGAAGACCUCCACAGCUUCACUGCUCAACCGCUGGAGUUGCAUGUCUGGCUGCUCAUAACAAGAUGGCUUCACAGAGCUGCCAGAGGGGUCCUGAGAGUGCGCACAUGGAUGUCAAAAGGCUACACUGUACUGCUCUCUGCUGUGUGUGCGGCCCUGGCUCUUCACUACAUGGCAGCAGCCUAGGACCACCCAGGAAGUGUGGAUGGCUGAGCAGGCCAGUCCAAUCCAGCUUGGAGGGCUCACAGGUGGCAGAGUGGCUGGCUGGCUUGUGGAGUUUGUUACUGUUGCUUCUGUGGUGCCUGCCCUCAGCAGGUGGACUGGAAGUGGAGAUGGCAGGGAAGAUUCAGAUGGUAUUCCUACAUGAUGAUGUCACCAUACCCUGUGAAAUCCCUGGCUCCCCACACCUGAACCUCAGUAUUGUGGGAGUCAUCUGGUCACUGAAGAAGGAUGGGGAUGAAUUCGAGGUUUCCGUGUUUGAGUUUUAUGGAGAUCACCUAGAAGCAGUCCGGCCUAGAGCUGAUGUGUCCUUGCUGGGGCUAGAAUAUGGAAAUGCCUCACUCUAUCUGCCCAGGGUCGAGCUUCGGGAAGCAGGAGAAUACAGAUGCAAGGUUGUGGCCACCCCUGAAAAGGCAGAGGGUACGACCAGGCUAGAAGUUGUUGCUCACCCUGACAUGAGUAUAUUUGAGAAACCAGCUACAGUGAGAAACCGUAAAGAGAAACUCAUCCUAUGUCAGCUGCAUGGAUUCUACCCAGAAGCCAUUGACAUAAAGUGGAUGAGAUGUGUCCUGAAGGAUUGCCAUUUCCAAGAGAUAACUGAGGGCGUGGUCACUGGUGCCACCAUGAAGAAUGGUGAUGGCACCUUCAGUGUAAUCAGCUCCUUGGUUCUGAAGCCAGCUCUGGAAGACCAUAUGUACCAGUGUGUGGUGUGGCACCCAUCCUGGCCCACCCCACAGAGUCGCAAUAUCACGAUUUUUGAGAAUGGAUCAGUGGAGAUAUAUGUUACCAUUGUUGGCCCCUGUAUUCUACUGUUUUUAGUGAUAGUGUAUGCAAUUGUGGAAUGGUGCUGUGUGCCAACGUGUAGGCAAACUUAACUGAAGGAGGGCAGGACGCCUGGGCCUGGGCCUGGAUCUUGGUAUGGUCAUUUCUUCUGUCUUUACUUCACCUUCACAUCUGGUCUCUAUAACUCUGUGACUUCCAAGCUUGAGUUGGGGCUAAACCGUGUGAGCUGCUCUUUGCUAAGAAAACUCGGGCUUUCAUUUUUAGAGUCAGUUUCAGCAUGUGAUACUUAGUCCUGAAAACAGUGUGCUGAAACUUCCGGUGAAAACAGUCUCCAUGAGACGUCUCCAGCUCUGAGUGCCUCCUACAAUAAGUAACUUGAUGAUGCACCAUAGGACCUCAGAAAACCCAGCUCAAGCCAAACCCCAAAUUGAUAUUUGGAAAGAGUUAAGAUCAGGGCAGAGAUUAAUCAAGUGGGAAUGUAAAAACACAUUAAGGAUUCCAAGGAGUCCUUUGUAAACUGGAUCCACAGAGCCUUUCCUAGACUGUCUGGCAGAAAGCAAAGCCUCACCUUAAUAAGCCAGAGGUGAGAAAGGAGCCAUUUGGAAACUCGGGGAGUCAUUAGGAUGUUCUGAAAGAAAAAGAGAUAUUCUGCUAAUUGGAAACUUUUAAAGGAUUUGAUGAAUUACUUGGUACAUAGGAUCCACCAGAAUGAAACCCAGAUGAGAUAAUUUAAAGAGAUCUCUGAGGAGCAGUGAGGUUAGUGUAACAGCAGCAGCAAUGUCUCAAAUGAAGCCGUCCUGAGUCCCUGACGGUGACAUGGACCAGAUCUUCAGUGAGGUCCUCGCACAGCCACUCUGAAGAGCACUGCCAACCUCCUUAUGCUACAAAACCAGCGUUACUGUCGUACCACAACUGCAUGAAGACAGAAAGAAAGAAACAGACUCUGUUUAUUUUUGUUUAUUUAACAUACAGCUCUUUAUUUACAUAUAUUGUGUGUGAGCACAUCUUGGAUGUUGAUGUCAUAGAGCAAAUUACCAUGUUUUCAGUAAAGUCAGGCAGGAGACAAGCAUGUCCACCUUCUCCACCCUCUUCAAUAUACUCCUGGGCGUGUCACCUAGGAUACUGUGACAAGAGAAGUGAACAAUUAUUUAUAUCUCUCUGUUUGUCUCUUGCCUGUCUGUGUGUCAGUGUGUCUGUCUGUCUGUCUGUCCAUCUGUCUGUCUAUGUGUCUCUAUAUGUGUAAUGGAGGAAAAUGAAAAGUCUCUCUGGACCAAGUAGAUCACUCAACCUGGGCACCUGAGUUCCAUCCCCAUAACACCAGUGAAUA